AGCAGAAAGGAGAGGAGGAUGCGCAGAUAGAGGACUGAUCCGAGCGCAUUCUCCGGGUUUGGAAGAAGCUGCUGGGGGAGACCCAAACACACACCCCCACACACACACCCCCUCCCCCCACAAACACACACACACAUAACACACACAUAAACAAACAGAGCAGAGACCAGUGGAGCAACAAUUCUACACAGCAACCUGCGAUGGAGGAUCUGUGCGACAUGGAGUGCACGGUGCUGAAGCGCAUCCUGAAGGACGACGGGGCCAAGUGUCUGCUGCUGGACUGCCGCUCCUUCCUCGCCUUCAGCGCCGGCCGCAUCCGCGGCGCCGUCAACGCGCGCUGCAACACCAUCGUGCGGCGGCGGGCCAAGGGCUCCGCGCUCAGCCUGGACCAGAUCCUGGCCGGGGACGACGAGGUGCGCGGCCGCCUGCGCUCGGGCAUGUUCUCCGCCGUGGUGGUGUACGACGAGAGGACGCCCGACGCGGACGCGGUGAAGGAGGACAGCACCCUGACUCUGGUGCUCAACACGCUGUUCAGGGACUCGCAGGGGCCGCGCAUUUACCUGCUCAAAGGGGGAUAUGACAGAUUUUUCACGGAGUAUCCAGAGUUUUGUUUAAAGACCAAAUCCCUGCCAUCCCUCACCAGCCAGUCCAGCAUCGACUCAUCCUGCUCGUCGUGCGGAACGCCUCACAAUGACCAGGGUGGCCCGGUUGAGAUCCUCCCAUUCCUCUACCUCGGCAGUGCCCUUCAUGCCUCAAAGAAGGAGGUUUUGGACGCCACUGGGAUCUCUGCCCUGCUGAAUGUGUCGGCCGACUGCCCCAACCACUUCGAGGGCGCGUACCAGUACAAGUGCAUCCCUGUGGAGGACAACCAUAAAGAGGACAUCAGCUGCUGGUUCCUGGAGGCCAUCGAGUUCAUAGAUUCGGUACGGGACUCCAGCGGGCGAGUGCUGGUCCACUGUCAAGCGGGCAUCUCCCGCUCUGCCACAAUCUGCCUGGCCUACCUGAUGAAGAGGAAGCGGGUGCGUUUGGACGAGGCAUUUGAGUUUGUCCGCCGCCGUCGCAGCAUCAUCUCCCCCAACUUCAGCUUCAUGGGCCAGCUUCUGCAGUUCGAAUCACAGGUUCUUGCCACCUCGUGCGCAGCCGAAGCAGCUGCCACGGCGAGCCCGCUGCUCGGCCCAAAGUCAACGACGGCCGCGACUUCAACGUCAACCACGCCCACGUCUCCGUUCAUCUUCAACUUCCCAGUCUCUGUGGUGAAUUCGGCAUACCUGCACCACAGCCCCAUUACAACCUCUCCGGGUUGCUGAUGGACAACCAAUCACAGCCUUUCCCCAACACGAGGGGAGCACUGACUGGGCUGUCGUUGGCUGGAAAAGCUGCUGUAUGCACAGGCUUCCAGAGCGGGACAGUGAGAAGCAUCAUGGUGCCUGAUUCAAAACAUAGUGAAAAGACUUCUUGAAGUCCACCAACCAGCCAACACGCCCUCCAUUUUCACAAGAGGUUUCUUCCAGUUGACCAAAUAUGUGCUGGCUUUCAGAACUUGUUUCUGUAAUUAGCUUCGACAGGAGUGUUGGACUGAUGCUAAUUUGAGAUACACUUUCUUCCAACAUGCACAGAGACACAGAGAGGCCUGCACAGCAGCAAAACUCUUCUUCCUUUCCCACACAGACAUUCAUGACUAUCAGCUGAAUGAGCUCAGUAUGAACAAGGCCUGUUGCUAUGGAGAAGAGGUCUUUGGGAGAGGAGAUGGACACAGGAAGGAAGGAGGAAUUUUAAGCACCCGCUCUUUCCUCUUUGGGUGUCCCUCCUGUUGCCAGAAAAAAAAAAAAAAAGAUGGAUGGUGGGGGAGACGGUGACAGAAAGCAGGAGCCUCUUCGGUGACAGGUGCUUUGCCGGGGAUCCGACCGGAGCUUCCUGUCCUUCACAUGUCCUCUUCCUCUCUCCGUCUCUCCCCCACACCUUCCUCUCCUCUCAUCUCCUUUUCAUCCCUUUUAUAUUGCGUCCCUCAUCCUCUCAUCUCUGCCUCUCAUCCUCGGGCUCCCUGUCUCCCCACCCUUUCCACCCUUGCCUUUCUGCUCAUCGUCUUCUUACUGAAGGAACUAAAUAAAUAAAAUAAGAUGCCAAAAAAAGGCCAGGUCCCUUGUAAAUGGACUGGGAAACCCCUAAGCAAACCCCUGACACAGUUAAGGAAAGCCCCUCUGCUAUAUCACCUUCAAUUUUUUUGAAAUGAAAGGGCUGAAAAAGGUUGAAUGAACUGGUAGCAUUCAGUCUUUACCAAGUGGGAUAUUUUGUGGUAAGAUUAUUCUUUUUCCAGGGAUACAGUAGUGUAGUGUAAUUUGCUGAGAAUGUUCCCUAACUGAGUAAAGCAAGUGGGAAUAUCUAAUUGGCAGGUAUGGAUUUUUAAAAUUCUCUAAAAAGCUAAAGAAAGGAACUUCAGUGCUUCCUUUACCAUCUUUUCUUGGAUACGAACCACUAAAUGUUUUUCAAAGGUACACUACAACAGCUCCUUUCUCAACCUUUUCUUUACAGCUCUGUGCUAGCAGCUGGGUUUAGGGGGUGGGCUCUGUCAUUUGUCCACCCCCCUCCUCACAGGGUGUGCCUUGUUUGAAAGUAAUGUGACACCUUUGCACUAUACACUUCCAAGGAACAGCAAUGGAAGUCACACGUGAAAGUGGGUGGCUGUAUAGAGCGGGACGCUGGAUAACUGUACUCUGAUCAGGAUCUGUGAUGUGAAGUCACAGUUACCUGUAAACCUGAACCACUCACUGAAUAAUGUUUGUUUCCAAAGCGGAGAUACACGGUUGGGUGGUCUCCCAGUUUUCAAGUUUGCAUUUCUUCUUGUAACUCAAACAAUUGCUUUCACUUAUUUUUAAAUUUUUUAUUUCUUUUUUAAAUAGUAUGUCACAGGGUCGUUAUUUUUUUUUAAUAACAGCUGUAGCUUCACGACUGUAGACCCACAUGACAGCGGUCAUGUUUUUAGAUUCUCGUUGCAAAAGAUUGUCUUUUGUCCUUUUAAAUUCUUCCUAUAAGCUUUCCUUAGCUUCAUGUUUUCCAACGGGGUGAAGGAGGCAUGCUAAGGAGAAGACUGAGAAGUUGUGGACUCCAAGAUCCCCCCUUUAGAUCAGACAUCAGACUUGAGAGCACAUCUGAAGACAGAUGCCUAAAGGGUCAUUACAGUUAUGUCAUUCCAAUCUAAUACAAAAUACGUGAUCUUCUCUGUUGAUGCGCUUUUCCAAAAUGUUAAAACCUACCUGUAGUUUUCAGUUCCUCUCAGGAAGAUUGAUUUGAGAUCACACUGAAAUUAAUAGAAAACACUGGCUCCUGUUAGGUGCCUUGGAAUUUCUUUUUACUUUUCUCAUUUUUUGUCUUAAUAUAUUAAAAAUUAUUUGUGCCUCUUUAUAUUAAAGUUAUACCCUGGUUUAAGGCAUCUUUUUUUUUUUUUUUUUGCCCAUGAUACCAGUGCACGAAAGACUACAAUAUCAAAGGGCAAAAUUAACACAUGCACUCAUAAAAUAAUUUGCAUUUGGUUUACACAUUCACAUUUUAAGUCUUAAAAAAAAAACUGGUUCCAAUUCACUGCAAAACAUAUAUCCUCGUAUAUAACAGAUUCACCUCUUUUUGUGGGACAGCCAAACAAGAGCGCUUUCAGGUUUAGAAAAAAAAAAAGGUAAAACGAUUUUUAUAUGUCUGAUCUUUUAAAAUUUUUCAAACAGAGGAGUGAUAGAGAGAAAAUAAAUCAUCUAUCUGUUUUCAAACAAUCUACUGUACAAACGAGUCAAGCACAACAAAAGCUUUUGAGGGCAUCAUCAGAACUCAAAUCUCCACAACUGUUUGAGACAACGCUUGUAUUCCUUAAGCUUGUGGCUUAGCUGUACACUGUGUCAGACCAACAAAAGCAAAGUGAAAGAACAAAAAAAAACUUUUAUACCUUCAACUUUUUCAGUCCUGACGCACAGACACACAAAAGGGUUCAAAGAAAAUAAAAACCUCAGUUUUUGAAGAUAGUCGGUACCCAUCUCUGUAGCACUUUGAAGUGAUGCAAUACUGUAUUUGUAAUUUAUGAUUGAUUUGCACAUCAUGAUGAUGCCAGACUAACUUGACUUUGUACAAGAGGAGAAAGAAAGAGAAAACAAAGAGAGCCGGUCCGUAAAAAACGCAAUACUUUGUACACGUCUGUGUGCUACAUACCCGUCUGUCUGCCUUUCUGUGUCCAUCUGUCCUGGCUGUGUCUCUGUUGGGUCAAUGCUGUUCAACCAUCAUGGCAAUACCAGUCCUCCAAGACGAAACAGUUUCCCCUCUGUUUUAUUGUGGAAUGAAUGAUCUGUGCAUUUAUUUAUUACUGAAGAUUCACUGUUGAAUAAAGGAUAUUCUUAAGUAA